GGACGCGGAAGUUGCUCGGUGCGCUGUGUGUGAGGGGGAAGUUGGCGGCUGCCCGGAGAAGCGGCGGCGGCGGCGGUGGUCGCUGAUCCAGCGGGCGGGUGAGGGUGGCGCUGGUUGUCAGCCCGUCUCGGAGCUUGGCCUCGCUCUCACCGCUCGGACGGACGGGUGUAGGGGGGCCAAAUGGCUGCCCACAGCAACAACUUGCAGAAAGGUAUUGACCUUGCUAGCAAAGCAGCUCAAGAAGAUAAAGCUGGAAACUUUGAAGAAGCCCUACGGUUGUACCAGUGUGCAGUGCAAUACUUUUUGCAUGUUGUUAAAUACGAAGCUCAAGGUGCAAAAGCAAAAGAAAGCCUUCGUGCUAAGUGUACAGAAUACCUUGAUCGAGCUGAAAAACUGAAGGAAUAUCUGCAAAAAACACAAAAGGUUAAGAAGCCUAUUGAAGAGAACAACUCGAAUAAUGAUAAGGGGAAUGAAAGUGAUGGAGAGGCUGACAAUUCGGAAAAGAAGAAAUUACAGAAUCAACUACAAGGUGCCAUUGUUAUGGAAAAGCCAAACGUGGGUUGGAAUGAUGUUGCAGGUCUAGAAGGUGCCAAAGAAGCUCUUAAGGAAGCUGUGAUUUUACCCAUCAAGUUUCCUCAUCUCUUUACAGGUAAACGAACUCCUUGGAGAGGAAUCCUUCUGUUUGGCCCUCCUGGAACUGGCAAAUCCUACCUGGCAAAGGCUGUGGCAAAAGAAGCAAACAACUCUACGUUUUUCUCCAUUUCCUCCUCUGACCUGGUAUCGAAGUGGCUUGGAGAAAGUGAAAAGUUGGUAAAGAAUUUAUUUCAGCUUGCCCGAGAACACAAGCCUUCAAUUAUCUUCAUUGAUGAGGUUGACUCUCUUUGUGGUUCGAGGAGUGAAAAUGAAAGUGAAGCUGCAAGGCGUAUUAAAACAGAGUUUUUGGUUCAGAUGCAAGGUGUUGGAGUAGAUAAUGAAGGAAUCUUGGUACUUGGAGCAACUAAUAUCCCAUGGGUUCUUGAUUCUGCCAUAAGAAGAAGAUUUGAGAAACGUAUCUACAUCCCAUUACCUGAGCAGGCUGCUCGUGCUUUGAUGUUUAAAUUGCAUCUUGGGACUACACAAAACAGUCUGUCUGAUGAAGAUUACCGGAUUCUUGCGAAAAAAACAGAUGGGUAUUCUGGGGCUGACAUCAGUAUCAUAGUACGAGAUGCUCUGAUGCAACCAGUCAGGAAGGUUCAGUCAGCCACUCACUUCAAGAGGGUCAGAGGUCCUUCAAAUUCAGAUCCAUCCGUGAUUGUGGAUGACCUCCUAACUCCAUGUUCACCAGGUGAUCCCAAUGCUUUGGAGAUGACCUGGAUAGAUGUUCCAGGGGAUAAGCUUCUGGAGCCUGUCGUCUCCAUGCCUGAUAUGCUGCAGUCAUUAGCACACAUAAAACCAACAGUUAAUGAAGAAGAUCUGAGGAAAUUGAAAAAAUUCACGGAAGACUUUGGUCAGGAAGGCUAAACCAGAGGAACAUAAUUUGCACUACAAUUUUUUUUCUUGUACCUCCUUUUUUUCUAUUCACUUCAAUCAAUUACAUACACUAGUGAACAUUUAUUUUACUUCAUAUUGUAAAAUCUUAACUCUUGUGUAUCAGGCCAUGGGACUUUGUAUAAAGUUGGAUCUAAGUCUACAUAUUAUCUUAAUGUCUGCAUGUGCCUAUCAUGAAACUAUAUCUCAAUGCAUAUAGAAAAAAAGUUGAGAACACUGCUGGCUCAAUCAAGGGUAUAGCAUGCUUUUACAAGAACAGCUGAAUAUUUUCAAAUGCAUUGAGUACCCUGUACAUACCAAUUUGCUGGGCUUGCUAUGGACUGUAAAAUAAUCUUGGUUAUUAGUGAUACAUUCCAAAUAGUGAGAAUAGGGUAAUUUAAACUGACUAUUGCACAUGAACUGUAAUAGUUGUACUGCCCUUGGGCUUGGACCUCUUCAUUGUACUUCAAGUACGCUCUAAGAUUUUCUACUAAUGGUGUGCAUAAAAUACAAACCUUAAGCUUUGUAAUGGAGAAACUUGGGCUACUUGCAUCUAGUUAUUUGUAUUCUAAGAAAUAUGAAUGAGGUGAGCAGCUCCCUCAAGUAGAUUUUUUUUAAUAAUAUUAAAUGCCUAAAAAGUCAUGGAAUCUUAAAUCCUGUGAGUUUAAUUUCUGUUUAUUUGUAAAUAAAAAAUGCAUCUACUUAA